GACAGAGGGGAGGGGCCGAAUGCACGGAAAGCAGAAUCAAAACAACGAGACACGCCUUCUAUCCCUGGCUGCAAACACAGCCACCCAUGUCCCCGGGCUCUGGGCACACUGCAUGCCUCCCUGCCUGAAGGACAGCACGUAGCGCUUGUUUCCAGCUAUCCGGCCACCAUGGAGGCCGGCGGGGCGAGCAGCUGAAGGCUCUAUGCGCUGAGCUGACUGCGGGCUCCGCAAUGCCUAACGUGAAGAACAGCAAGGGCAAGAAGAGCAAGCGGGCGAACAGUAGCGGGGACGAGCAGGAUAAUGGAGCCACGGCGGCGGCGGCGGCGGCGGCUGCAGUGGGAGGCAUGGCAGCAGCCCCAGCGGGAGCCGCAGCUGCACCCUCCUCAGCGCCCGCUGCAGCAUCGGCGGUAACGCCACUGGCAUCGGCAGCACCUUCCAGUGACAGCAGGAAUGAAGCAGUUUGUGCUACUCCACUUAUUUGCAGUCUAGGUAGACCCGUUGACCUAGAAAAGGACGACUACCAGAAGGUCAUUUGUAAUAAUGAGCACUGCCCUUUUAGCACAUGGAUGCAUCUGCAGUGCUUUUAUGAAUGGGAGAGCAGCAUUCUUGUCCAGUUCAAUUGCAUUGGCCGAGCACGCAGCUGGAAUGAGAAACAGUGUCGCCAGAACAUGUGGACUAAGAAGGGAUAUGACCUGGCUUUUCGGUUUUGCUCUUGUCGCUGUGGCCAGGGCCACUUGAAGAAAGAUACGGACUGGUAUCAGGUAAAACGAAUGCAGGAUGAAAAAAAGAAAAAAUCUGUUCCCGAUAAGACCACAGGUAGAUCUAUGUCUGAGUCUUCAGAUGAUGUAAAGAAAUGUCGUGGGUCAGCAAAACCUCAAAAAGGGAUGAACUUUGACCCUCCACGUAGACAUUCUGUGGACAGACAGAACUCCCAAGAAAAGGGCAGUGGCGGUUCACAUGGGCUCCGUUCUCCAUGUGUUUCUCCGGGUCAGUCCCCUCCAGCUGGCUAUCCUAUCCUCUCCCCUUCUCACUUUAAUGUCCCCCGCAGUUCUAGAUACUUGGGUGAAUUUUUAAAGAACGCCAUUCAUUUGGAACCUCACAAGAAGAAUCUUGCCACUGGCGGAGUGCUCAGGAAUACUCACUUUGACUACAGUAUUUCUGGAUUGCAGGCUCAUAGGGCCGGGCGUCUAGAUGCCCCAGUACAGUUUCUCCGGAGACUUGACCUUUCAGAAUUAUUAGCUCAUAUACCACGCCAUAAACUGAAUACUUUUCAUGUACGCAUGGAAGAUGAUGCGCAGGUUGGGCAGGGGGAGGACCUACGAAAAUUCAUCCUAUCGGCCCUCAGUGCCAGUCACAGAAACGUAGUCAACUGUGCUUUAUGCCAUCGGGUCCUCCCUGUAUUUGAGCAGUUCCCACUGGUGGAUGGAACAUUAUUUCUCAGCCCCUCAAGGCACGAUGAGAUUGACUACGACGUACCUUGCCAUCUUCAAGGACGACUUAUGCACUUGUAUGCUGUCUGUGUGGACUGCUUAGAAGGUGUUCAUAAAAUCAUCUGCAUCAAAUGCAAGUCUCGAUGGGAUGGAAGCUGGCAUCAAUUGGGAACAAUGUAUACUUAUGAUAUAUUGGCGGCUUCUCCAUGUUGCCAGGCCCGUCUGAACUGCAAGCACUGUGGGAAGCCCGUCAUCGAUGUACGCAUUGGAAUGCAGUAUUUUUCGGAAUACAGCAACGUUCAACAGUGCCCUCACUGUGGGAAUUUAGACUACCACUUUGUGAAGCCAUUUUCCUCAUUCAAAGUACUAGAGGCUUAUUGACGAAAGCUUUGUUUUAUUAAUAGCCAUUUUAUAGGUAUUACUACUUUGUUACAUAUCUUUUAUAGGAAAUAUUCUGUGAGAAAAUUUUUGUUUUCUAAUUCUAAAACUAUUGCAGCAUUUUUCCUUUCAGUUGUUACUAAAUCCUGUACAUAGUACCGGUAUUUACAAUUUCCCAUUUUUAUGUGGGAAACGUAACAUGAAAAUGUGACGGGUGAAUGUAAGUCUACGCCAGCAACGUGUAUUCUUGUUUAAGUAUUUGGGGAUAGCACUGUAAUCUCUAUUUCAUUUUUUGCCCCAGCGACUCAGCACUUAAAUGAAAAGAAAAAAAACAACUUUCCACCAAAGCAAAUUUAGAUAUUUUUUAAAAAUACAUUUGAUAUUUGAAGCCAUUUGCUUUUUUUUUUUGGUAGGAUUUUUUUUCGAGUUGGACAAAAUUCUUGAAACUUUUUUUUUUUAUAUAUAUAUUUUUAAAAAUGUUAUACAUAAAAACUACCAUUUUGAAUCCUUAUGAUUAGACGGAAGCAAAAAGUCACUAGUUUUAUUACCAACAUCUUAAUUACUGUUAUGGUAGACUAUAUAUUUUCACGUAGGGCUCAUGCACAGAGCCGUAACGGUUUUUGCGGUCCACAGAUUGCAGAUCCUCAAAACACAGAUACCGGCCAUGUGCGUUCUGCAUUUUGCUGAAUGGAACGUCCUGCCAUCUAUAGAACAGCCCUAUCCCUGUCCAUAAAAAGGACAAGAAUAGGACUUGUUCUGUUUUUUUGCGGGGCCACGGAACAGCAAUACAGAUGCAGACAGCACACGGUGUGCUGUCUACAUCUUUUGUGGCCCCAUUGAAUGGAUCUGCAUCCGAACCACAAAAACUAUCAUGUACACGAGACCUUAUUGAGUUUGGAGGCUCUUUUGCAACCAUCUUUGUUAUUACCCUAAAGAAUUUACAGUAUAAAAGUGAAGCAACUUUGUGUAUAGGUUUGAAUAAAGAUGUCCUACGGCUUUGUGUAUUAAGCUCCUAUGCAAACCUAUGUGUACCCAUGGUUACAGACUGCAAAUAAACCGUGCGGUCUGAUUCUGCAGUCAGGAGUUGCUCUUCCAUCUGUCCCUUCUUCUUGCUAACAUGAUGACAGUAUGAGAAGGGGUAGAGGGAGUCUAGUAAUACCCAACAAAUAGUACUGCCUAGGAGUCUUUUUUUCUAGUCCCUUUUUAUUAUUGUAGAUGCAUUUGAAGCAAUGUAAAAAAUGGUGCGUGCAUUUUUGCUAGGUGGAUGGAUAACCCACUUUGACUCUUUGCUACACUGCACCUGCCUAUCCAGUAGAUGAUACCAGUCCAUUCCAUUAGCAAACCGUGGAUGUGGUCCUGAAGUGCAGAGGCAUCGCGUCCUAGGAUGUGACCUAGACAGAAUUAGAACCGAUGCACAUGCAUUAUGCUAAUUUUUCUGAAGUUCAUGAAUAUACUGUAUGGCAAGGACCUAACUGUCAAUGAUGUAGGAGCACCAGAGUGCUAGGUCCUUGCCAAGUGAGUGUGCUGGACAUUGAAAAUGCAGUUUGAGCUGCAGGGAACAUGUUGUAGAACAGGAGAAGCUGAGGAGAUUUAUAUGUGGGUUUGUUGGAAACAGUUCAUUAUGACUUGUCAUUUAUGCAUCUAAAACUCUGAGUGUAGGAGUCCAGUGGGCGGUACUAUUCAACAACUGACAGCCUUUCCUGUGUUGGUGUACAUAGAGAACAGACCGCUUUGCUGGACUUGUGAGCCCAGAAUGACCAGUAAAUGACAAAUGACAAGUCUUUUCCCAAAAACUGUAUAUCGGUCUGCCCAGCUCCUUAAGCUUUUUGAGUUGCAACCUGCAGAUCGGAUUGAACUUUCAAUGCGACAAGUUCCCUUUAAUUCACCUAUGUGUUAGGGUACAUCCACAUGUAGCGAAAUAGCUGUUGAAAGUUUUUGCAGCUUUUCUGCAAGAAUCCGCAGGAAAAUUGUGGUUUGGGUAAAGCUAAACCAAAUUGUGCAGGUUUUGGUGCAGAUUUGCUCAUGGAUUUCACCUGCGGAAAAAAGCUGAGCGUCAAAAAUAAAGG